AGGUUCAUGAUGGCGACUCUGAGAAGUUUCCUGCUGCUUUUCUUGUUCUCCAUGGUAAAUGCAGAAGGCCAAGAUGACAAAUGCCCCUGUGGAUGGCAAAAUUCUGGUUCUCGAUGCUAUAAGUUUUUCUCCACAUCUGUUACCUGGAACACCGCAGAGAAAAACUGUCAAAGUCUUGGUGCAAAUCUCGCCUCUGUGCAUAAAAAAGACGACAACGUUUUUCUUUUAAGUCUGGUGCCUGCUUCCACACGCUGCUGGAUUGGUGGUCAUGGUGGUGAACAAGAUGGACAGUGGUUGUGGACUGAUGGAUCUGAGUUUAGUUAUACCAACUGGUGCUCAGGAGAGCCUAGUAAGGGGAACGAAAACUGCUUGGAGAUCAAUUGGACAUCAAAGCGUUGCUGGAACAAUCAAGGCUGUUCAACCUCCAUGGGCUAUUUGUGCGCUAUUCCUGCCGCUAAUUUCCUUCACCUGUGUCGAUGGUUCAUGAUGGUGAGGCUGAGAAGUCUUCUGCUGCUUUUCUUCAUGUUCUCUAUGGGGAAUGCUGCAGACUUGGAUGAGAAAUGCCCCUGUGGGUGGAGAAACUCUGGAUCUCGAUGCCUUAAGUUUUUCUCCACGUCUGUUAGUUGGGUCACAGCAGAGAAAAACUGUCAAAGUCUUGGUGCAAAUCUUGCUUCUGUGCAUAACAAAGUGGAAAAUGACUUUCUGCUGAGUCUGGUGGCCAGUGAUUCCACACGUUGCUGGAUUGGUGGCUAUGAUGCUGAAGAUGAAGCGAGCUGGUUUUGGUCUGAUGGAUCUCCAUUUGAUUAUACCAACUGGUGUUCUGGAGAGCCUAACAACAAGAAUACGGAGCACUGCUUAGAGAUCAACUGGACAGCGAACCACUGCUGGAAUAAUACACCUUGUUCAAGUACACACGGCUAUAUUUGUGCCAGAAAACUGUGAUUUGAUGCCUGUGGUGUGCAGUCAUGAUUGGGAUCAUUUCAGAUUCUAUUCUCAUCAGCUCUGAACUGCUUCAAUA